AAAACUAUUAAAACCCAAAACACGUGACUCUCUGUCAACGCAUUCAUUGAGAUAUUGCUUACAGCGAGACAUACCUUAAGGCGGGCUUUGCUUUCAUGCAAACAAUCAUUCAGUCCUACAGUUAGUCCUCAAAGAUAUCUGUUGUUUAUCUCAAAGAUUAACCAUUAUAUCAGAUCUGAUCCCAACAAUACUCGGCACUACUUUUGUAGACAACAAACUGUUACCAUUACUGUAAUAGUUUCCAAACUCUGAUCAAUCAGUAAUGAACACAUAAACCAAAAUACAAUGUUUGGUGUCAAUCAAUGCAAACAUUCAGUGAAAAUUAUGACCAAUGCUUUGAUGCGAUAUAAUGGUCACAAAGUGAUGUCACUUCUGAGUUGUGGCAACAGAUCCAACUUCAUUGACCGCAAGUGUGUCCGAAAUGCAUCGACACUACCAUUGACUCAGUUGUCUGAAGAGGAAGAGGCCAUGAAAGACAUCGUCCGAAAACUGGCGCAACAGAAGAUACAACCUUUGGUUAAGCGGAUGGACGAGCAGUCAGUGAUGGAUAAGAGUGUUAUCGACGCUCUCUUCCAGAAUGGCCUGAUGGGAGUGGACAUUGACCCCAAAUAUGGUGGCACUGGCGCCUCAUUCUUCUCAGCAAUGCUAGUGAUCGAGGAGUUGGCAAAAGUGGAUCCGUCUGUCAGUGUCUUCUGUGACGUGCAAAACACUUUAGUCUCGCAAACCUUUCAUAGAUUUGCAAACGAAGAACAAAAAGCUAAAUACUUCCCACGAAUUGCAAAGGAUUGUGUCGGUGCCUUUUGUCUGUCGGAACCGGACUCGGGUUCGGAUGCAUUCGCUCUGAAGACAACUGCCAUUAAAGAUGGAAAUAAUUAUAUAAUAAAUGGCACCAAAUGUUGGAUCACGAAUGCAGAACACGCCGGACUGUUCCUGGUCUACGCUAAUGUCAAUCCGUCGGCCGGUUAUAAAGGCAUCACGUGUUUCGUUGUGGACCGCAAUACUCCCGGACUCUCGGUUUCCAAACAUGAGGACAAACUGGGAAUCCGAGCCUCGAGUACGUGUCCCGUCAUCUUCGAUAACGUCAAAGUACCGGAGUCUAAUGUGAUUGGACAGGUAGGACAUGGAUAUAAGUACGCAAUCGGCACUCUAAAUGAAGGGCGUAUUGGUAUCGGGGCUCAGAUGUUGGGUUUGGCGGAGGGCUGUUUCGAUCACGCCGUCAGAUAUACUCUCGAAAGGAAACAAUUCGGACAAAGAAUAUUUGAUUUUCAGGGAAUGCAACACCAAAUCGCGAGAAUAGGCACUGAGAUAGAGGCGGCCAAACUACUCGUCUAUAACGCGGCCCGACUUCGCGACGCAAACAAGCCGUUCAUCAAAGAGGCGGCAAUCGCCAAAUACUAUGCCUCGGAAGUAGCGGCCAAUGCUUCGGCCAAAUGCGUCGAAUGGUUGGGUGGCGUGGGAUUCACGCGAGACUUUCCCGUCGAGAAGUAUUAUCGCGACUGUAAAAUAGGCGCCAUAUAUGAGGGCACCUCUAAUAUACAGCUCAACACUAUUGCCAAACAUAUUGCUGAGGAACAUAAAUAAUAUUCUCGUGUUAAUCAAUUGACUGAUUUUAGUUUUUUAAACAAUUUAUGCC